GCAGCGAGAGCAGAAACAAGCAAGGGGCCAGCAGACAGAUGGUGGGGAUGAAGGCAAGCGGGUCUCUGUUCAGCCCUGGCUUCCCUCUGUUCCUGCUAUAGCCUUAAGCCUGGGUGCUGCUUUAAAGCAGGAGUUGUGUUUUGCAUUAGGUGAUCUGCCUGGAACAGGGAGGCAAUUUCUUGGUGACAGCAGCCCCAUGGAACCCCGUCAUUUUCUGCCUGAAGCACUUUUGCUGUGUAUCUCUGUCCAGCCAAUUGAAGCUCACUGUCUAUGACCUCAGAUGGGGUAGUUGAGGCUCAGACUGCAAGAUCCAUUUAACCGCUACCUACAAGUGUCUGUCUGUUACUUGCCCUCUGAUAUCUGGAAAAUCAGGUCCUCCUAGCUCCUGUGUGUCUACCCUGGAGGCUUCCCCAUACCCUUAGGUGUGGGUGGGGUGGGACUGAGACAGGCCUCUUGGGAAAUCUGUGUUUUAUGCAAGUCCUCAAGUCCCACUCAGGUCCCCACCUCUUGCAUUCCGUGAGUACUUUUUCGCCAGGCCUCUGCCUGUCUGUUGUUCCCCUCUGGAAGAAGCGACAUGUACUAGAACAGGAUCUGCACAGCAGGCACUGAAAUAAGAAGGAGCCUUAAAGCCGUGUUGCUGUCGGAGUGGAAGAGGGGACGCAUGUACCGGCAGUGGCGUCUCAUCCGUGCCAUUUCAGGAGUUGCCCUCCUCCUUGUAAGCAUGGUGCUCCUCUCUAUAAGGCCUUAUGGCAUUCCAGUGGAAGUCAGUGACCAAAGAUCUGGAGAAGGGACAGCUGGUGCCUCAAAACAACCAGAAAUGAUGUUGGUGGAUAUAAUGGACCACGUUGGCAAAGAUGAAAAACUCAAGGAUCACAUACCACAUUCAACAACUGGGAAAGGCCUGGUGCUUGGAGAACUCUUCAUUGCUGUAAAGACAACAAAGAAGUUUCACCAGUCCAGAAUGGGAUUACUGCUACUUACCUGGAUAUCUCGGGUCAAGGAACAGACAUAUGUCUUCACGGAUGAAGAAGAUGAUGAACUGCAAGGAAAACUGGAUGAUCAUGUGGUGUUCACCAACUGCUCUUCAGAACACAGCCACCCAGCACUAUCUUGCAAAAUGGCUGCCGAGUUUGAUGCUUUUUUGGCUAGUGGCCUGAGUUGGUUUUGCCACCUUGAUGACGACAACUAUCUGAAUCCACAAGCUCUGCUGAAACUUUUGUCCUCUUACUCUCCAGACCAAGAUGUUUAUAUUGGGAAGCCCAGCUUGAACAGGCCCAUUCGUGCCUCAGAAAUCUUGCCUAACAACCAGACAAAGUCGGUGUAUUUUUGGUUUGCCACUGGGGGUGCUGGAUUCUGCAUCAGCCGAAAACUGGCCACCAAGAUGGCCCCUUGGGCAAGUGGCAGAAACUUCUUGAUCACAUCAGAACUCAUCCGACUUCCAGAUGACUGUACUAUGGGAUACAUCAUUGAGUGCAAGUUAGGAGGCCGCCUGGUUGCUAGUAACCUCUUCCAUUCUCACCUGGAGAGCCUGCAACUAAUGCAGAAAGACCAGCUAGCCGAGCAGGUCACACUUAGCUAUGGCAUUUUUCAGAAGAAGCUCAAUGUUAUCAGCCUUGCUGGCCCAUUCUCCCAUCAUGAUGACCCUUCCAGGUUCCAAUCACUUCACUGCAUCCUCUAUCCAGACACUUCCUGGUGCCCACAGCCAAUCACUCAGUGACAUCUGGUCAGAAAUGAUCACCAUGACUUGAUGGAAGGCCUGAGGAGCUCAGGGCUCACCCAGCUCUCUGUCCAAAAGAGAUCAUGAGGCUACAUGCUGACCUCGAACAAGGACUUUACUGAUGACUAGAAAAGAGCUAUGGCAAGAGAGGAGGAGCCAUGUUCAGUGGCAAGAAGAUUGAUGGAUUGAUAACAUGUGGUUUUUAAAUGCCACCUGUGGUCUUAUUUCUGAAAUCCAGCCUGGGAGACGACCGAUAGAAUGCAGAACUUAAUGUAGAAAUCAUUUGUGUGUGUUCCCCAAAGGUUUUUUUAACCCUCUUUGCAUGAAGAGAACAUCAGGAAGAGGGCUGUAUUAGACUUUUCUUCCCAAGUAGACUAAUUUUCUGCAUGUGGGGAUUUAUCAUGUGCGAGCUGAUUAAAAAACUGCAACUCCUCACCUCACCUGAAAUCUGGAGGAGUACAUUCAAGGAUUGUAUCCCCUCAAUCUGCCACUUUGUUCGAUGUAACUUGUUGGGUGGCUACUUAACAGUUUGUGGAUGGAAGGAAAACAGAUUAUCUGUUGCUGUGAUACAGAUAAAUAGAA